AUGCUUAAUACCAUCUUUUCUUUAUAAGUUUUUAGAAAUCUAGAUAUAAAAGCUAUGAUUUAAGCAUAUGAUUAUGCACUAUAAAAUAUUAAUGAACUCUCAAAUUAAAUUGAACAAUUAGAAAAAAGUGCUAUUGAUAUAAUAGUAGAAAAAGAUUAAAUUAUAGAACAAUUAGAAUUAUAAUUAUUACACUCUUCUAAAAGAACAAGCUUUAAUAAUUAAGAAGAAGUUGUUUAAUAUAAAAAGUAAUCAUUUUUAGUAUUAUUAUAGUCAUAUUUAAGAAUUAUAAAUAAGAUUGGAACAUUUACAGAAUAAACAUUUUGAAUAAUUAUAAGAAUAAGAAAAAAUGUGGAACUAAUAUUUAUUAGAUUAAAUUGCAUAAAAUGAAUACACAAUUGAUUAAAAAUUAAAGAGUCAUUUAGAAUAAAUUUUUAUUUUAGAAGAUAAAAUUAAUAAACUUGAGAAUGAAGUAAAAAUUUUAAUUUAAAGUAGUUAGAAAUUAAAGAAAAUAUGCAAAUCUCUUUGAUUAAUUAAAAUAAAAUAUUUAAAGAAAACAAUACUAAAUUGGAAGAAGUUCAAAUGACAUUAAAUAAAUAAUUACUCAAAUAUUAAAUUGAUAUAUAAGAAUUACAAUAAAACUAUUUUAAAGAGAAAAAUUAAUACUUAGAAUAAAUUAAUGUAUUAUUAUAAUUAAUUAAAAUAGUAAGUUAAUUAAGAAUUAUAAGAAUUAUAAUCACAAAGCUCAACAUUUAAAAUAUAAAAUUAAAAAUUAAAUAAUCAAAAUAAGAUCUACACUAAUACUAUAAGUGAUUUGAUGGUCAAAAAAGCGGAGUUAGAAUUACUUAUCUAAACAUAGAAAUAAGAUUCUAUUGGAAUAGAUAAAAUAGAGGCUUUUUAUUCAAUUGAUCAUUAAGGAGAAAAUUAUCAUAUUAGAGAUGAAAUUAACACUACUGCAUUUGAUAUUAAUGAAGAUACUUCAGAUAUAAAAUAAGAAUUGGCAUCUUUUUAAUUUGAUGAAAAUAAUGUGAAUUUUAAUCAUCUAAAAAAAAGUCAUUCUAUUUAUUCCUUUCAUUCAGAAAAAAAAGAAAAUAUAGAUUUAGAUAUUCAUCUUAAAAAUUCUAUUUAAAUUAUUAAAUAAUUAAAUGCUUAAGUUUAAUUACUCACUUAAUAAAUUAAAGUGUUAAAAAGAUAAAAUAUUAACUAAAACAAUGCUAAAGAAUAUUUUAAAAUUAUGGAAUAGAACUAUUCUAAUUCAGUCUAAUUAAAAUAAUAAUAAAUAUAAACUUUAGAAGAGAAAUUGGCAAUACAAAAUUAAGAAAUAUUAUAUUUAAAAUAAAAAGUUAAAUAAUAUACUUAAAAACUCAUAAAAUAUAAUAAAAGAUUAAUUAACAAUUAAAUUCAAUGA